AACAACUCACCACGAAAGACUUCAAUGGCAAACAAGUUUUGCAGUUAUUUACAAUUUUCCGUUCAUAGUAAAACUCAACGCGCUUCUUUAUUUCUUUUGGACGCGUUUCUGUACGUUUCGUGACAUUUACAUACAUAUUUACAACUAAAAGCGAUGGAAGUGUGUUACAUUAAAUAAAUACGUACAUGCAUUUAUAGAUGCAUUUAUAUGUAAAUAUCAGAUUGUGCGCAAUUAAUUGAUAAUAUCGUGCCAUAUAAACAAAAUGUAAGAUGACUUCGGUUGUGAGUGUCGCUAACUGAUCAAAAGUAAUCUAUAAUUAUGGACAAACACACAUGCGCAAGCCCGAUAUGUUAGGAACAAAGAAAUGAAAAAUAAUAACAUUCUGAACAGACAUCAAAAACAUAGUUAAAAAAUGUUCCAAUCUGAUAUUAAUGAUCACACACUGAUGCCUGUUAUACAAGAAUUCGCCAUAUAUUAUUAAUCUUUAAAGCUCAGCACUCGGCCGUCCUCAAAAAGUCAAUAAGAGUUGUGCUGUUCAAAUUAAAUAUCAGUCAUUUUUUAUUGCGUCACGAAAAAUGUCAUUUCUAGUGAGGAAACAUUUUCUCUUGUGGAACAUAAUAAUGACUUUUGUGCCGCUAUCUGUAGCAGGUCUAGAUGCAAUUACGGGCUUACAAGGCGUUCCAACAUGGAUCUGUCUAGGGAUAAGGUCGCCAUUUAUCGAAUUUGGCGCGCAGGAAGAGCAGCUAGCUAAUACGAGUAUACCGCUAAACAUCACUAAAGAUGAACAGGCGUACAUGCACAAAGAAGGCUUGCGCAAGCUUGGUACUUUUAUAAAGCCGGUGGAUCUUCGUGAUUCUGAGACAGGCUACGUAAAGGCAGAUCUUACAAAAAGACUGGAAACACCAAGCGCUCAGGCUCGGCGUGUACAUCCGAUUCAGGAGGAAAUGGAUCAAAAGCAGAUAAUUCUGCUUGACGAAGAUACCGAUGAAAAUGGUCUUCCAGCCAGUCUUACAGAUGAGGACCGCAAGUUUAUUGUCCCCAUGGCACUCAAAAAUGCAUCGCCUGAGUUACGAUGGGCCGUUCCAGGUAAAAGCCCUGUUUCUACAAGUACAACACCCACGAGGUCUGUUGUGGCGUCGGCGGUAACCCGGCGUCGAAGCACAACAACGUUUACAAGCACAACACCGCCGCCUGACCCUACAUCAAAUAUUGACGACCUUAAGAAACACAUACUUUUUUUGCAUAAUAUGACAAAAAGCGACAACAACUUUGAGUCCAAAUUUGUGAAAUUUCCAAGUUUACAAAAAGAAAAAGCAAAACAAUCAACAGGAUCUACUCCCAGUAUUAAGCGGCCCCAGAGACCAAUACUUCAGUAUGCCGCUCCCAUAGCUCCACCCACACGCAAAGUACCUCUCGGAGCUCACACACCAGGGCAAAAGCCGUUCGGUGGAUAUUAUCACAACGAAGAAGAAACCAACAAUUUUUUUCAGACGAUCGAUACCGGUGGUACAAUCGAUCGUAGUAAAGAACGCGGAAAUGCAUUCGAUACAGUCCCUCAGGUGCAUCUGCUGAGUGAGGGACAGUCGACGUCAACAAAAAGCGUUCCAAUGACAACUACGCCGUCUAUUUUGGAUACAACAACCAAAAGAACUACAAAGCGUCCAGUUUGCUUGCGAAACCCUGAGUCUCCCAAGUGCGUGCGCCAGCGGCAGCGCGAGGAGCAGCAGCGCCAGCGUGAGCGCGACGAAUGGUUUCGCGGCCAAGCUGAGUUUAUGCGACCACGUUUUGAACCUAUUGUGCAAACAAUAAAUAACACUAAACGUUUUGCUGUGUCAAUUGAAAUACCCGAUUCAUUCAAAGGACAAUCUGCUUUGACACCAUCGGACGAAGCUCCAGCGCUUCAAAUUUUAUCGCGUGUCACACGCUCACAGCCCAAACGGCGCUAUCUCAGCGGCAGUCAAGGACAUCAAGCUGCAAUCUCAGUUGAUAAGCUUUCACCGCCGACGAAUUAUUUCGCACAUGAUAUUAUAAUGACUUCAGCGGGAGUCUCCAAUGAUCGUGAUUUUAUGCUCGCAAAUAUGCACCAGUUUGGAAUGGUGGUGCCAAAAGACCAAGACAAUGAAACUACGCCCACUCCAAUGGCUUAUUCCGAGACUAUAGAUCUAAACCCGGAUAACUGUUACGCGCUCGACGGGCUUACAUACGGACAAAAAAAACUGUGUGCCUUGCACACAAGUGUUAUGCCAGCGAUAAGUCGAGGAGCGCGAGCAUCUAUACAGGAAUGCCAAUUUCAAUUUAAAAAUCGGCGUUGGAACUGCAGCACAACAGACGAUGUUACUGUGUUUGGGCCCAUGACUGGCCUAGGGUCGCCAGAAAUGGCCUUCAUACAUGCACUAGCUGCAGCUACUGUGACCAGUUUUAUUGCUCGCGCCUGCAGAGAUGGUCAGUUAACGUCGUGCGGCUGUUCACGAGGUUCUCGACCCAAACAGUUACACGAUGAUUGGACGUGGGGAGGCUGCGGGGACAAUCUCGAGUACGCAUACAAAUUUGCAACAGAUUUUAUUGAUGUACGCGAAAAGGAGACACGUCGCGGAACUCGCGGUGCCGGCAAUCCCGAGCGGCGUGGUACGCAUCAAUUACAACAAAAACGCAAGCAGAUGGAGGCUAAUGGCACAAAGGACACUGGAGAGUCCAAUUUAAACAUAACGAAUUCCAAAACUACCAAACAGCUUCCCAAUGAAGCUUUGACUGAUAAUAAUGCAACGUCAGCCAUUUUAUAUGAACUGCAGGCCAAUGCCAACAAUAAAAAGAAAGAUAUAUUUCUUGAUACAAACUCAACAAUAAAUUCUACAUCAUUUGCACCGCCCAAACAAGAUGAAGAGGCACGCACUAGCCCGGACGAUCUAUUGGAGCUUCAGCAGAGAAUAACAAAGGAAAUUCUUAAUUCAAAAUUAAAGGAAACAGAAAUGCUCGAAUUACAGGAGAAAAUCAAUCGGGAAAUUUUAAACUCAAAGCUUUUCCACGGAGACACCAACGCCAAGCGCCGUAAACGCAAGCGUAAGAAUCAACGUGCCGUCAGUGGUGAGGCUCCUUUUUUGUCCAAUACUAACAUGAAGGCUCGGAGCCUAAUGAAUUUGCACAACAACGAAGCAGGCCGAAGGGCCGUCAUUAAGAAAACACGCAUUACUUGCAAGUGCCACGGUGUCUCAGGCUCUUGCAGUUUGAUCACGUGUUGGCAGCAAUUAUCAUCUAUAAGAGAGAUUGGUGAUUAUUUGCGUGAAAAAUAUGAAGAGGCUACAGAAGUAAAGCUUAAUAAACGUGGACGUCUACAGGUAAAAAACAGCGAGUUUAAGGUUCCAACUGCCCACGAUUUAAUUUAUUUGGAUGAGAGCCCCGACUGGUGCCGGACUAAUCGUCUCUUGCAAUGGUCAGGUACGCACGGCCGCGUCUGUAACAAGUCCUCAUCGGGGCUUGAUGGCUGUGGUAUACUUUGCUGUGGCCGAGGAUACAACACCAAAAAUAUUAUCGUUCGUGAGCGCUGCAACUGCAAAUUUCACUGGUGCUGCCAGGUUAAAUGCGAUGUAUGUACAAAAGUACUCGAGGAGCACACUUGUAAAUAGGUAUUCUAUAGGCAGCACAGAAAAUGUCCAUAUGAUCACGAUUCACAUUAACAUAACAUUAAACGUAUUUAUAUAUCGACUUAGAAUAUUAUUUAUUAAAUUAUAUAAGUAACAUGUCUGUUGCAUAAUGGA